UUAAAAAAAAAACACAGACAAGAAGAAAAACUACUGAAAAAGAACCCACCCCUCCAGUCCCAGUGAUGAUAAAUUCAAACUAAUAAAAAACAAAUACACAUGGAAGAAUUCUAGUGAGAGAAAAGUUGGUGGUGGGGUGAGAGAGAUAAAGUCAAAAAAAAAAAAAAAAAAAAAAAAAAAAAAAAAAGUUAGAUGAAAAAGUGGAGUGAAGAAGGAGGUGGGGGCAACAAGAAGGAGCCACCACCAAAAAAGCAGCAAAAUUUAGGGGAAAAGUUGAAGAAAAUAGCAGGAAAAAGAGGUGGACAAUUCACUCCUGUUUUGCCUUUCCUUCUUCAUACUACUACCACAACAGGUGAGGCGCAAGAUAGCAGCAAGGGUGGUGGUGUGCAAGAUAGCAACUUGGUGGAGAACCCUGAAUCUUUUUUGCCUUGUGGUGUUUCUGCAAGAAAGCUAGGUGCCACUGUGUGGGAGCUUUACCACUACAAUUUCCCUUUUGCUAAAAUGCACAACGGUGGUGGUACUGGUAGCCGGAGGAACCACAGGUAUCUGCAGCAGCUUAACCGUCACCACCAUCAUCACCACCGGCAGCAUCUUCUUGAAGACAACCCUGAUCCUUUACCUGAACUGGGGAGUGCUAGUAGUUUGAGAAGACAUGUAGCAGCUUCACUGAUGCAACAUCAGCAGGCGAUUCAGAGGAACCAUAACGCUGUACGAGCGGUCUCGCCUGCAAGUUAUGGUAGUAGUUCCAUGGAGGUAGCACCUUACAACCCUGCCGUUACUCCUACGAGUUCUAUCGAGUUUAGAGGAGGAAACGGUGAGACGGGCUAUAGUCUCAAAACAUCAACCGAGCUACUCAAAGUUUUGAACAGAAUCUGGAGCCUCGAAGAAUUACACGCAGCUAACAUAACCCUGGUUCGGGAUUUGAAACGCGAACUAGAACUGGCCCGUUCAAAGAUCAAAGAACUGGCCCGUGACCGCCACGAGAUGGAACACUUGAUGAAGCAACUAACCGAAGAUAAACAAGGUCAUGCCACUGCCGCUAUUCAAUCUGUCCGGGACGAGCUUGAAGACGAAAGGAAAUUACGAAAACGGUCAGAGACACUUCACCGGAAACUGGCCCGGGAGCUUUACGAGACGAAAACGACCCUCGUGAAUGCUAUAAAAGACUUGGAAAAAGAGAGGAGAUCGAGGGUACUUUUGGAAGAUCUAUGUGACGAGUUUGCAUGGGGGAUAAAAAACUAUGAACACGAAUUGCACUCGUUGAAGCAUGUAAAUCCCGAUAAAGGUAACGGUUCAAGCUAUAGAUCGACCCGAGAUGGAAUGAUUCUUCAUAUAUCAGAAUCUUGGCUAGACGAACGAAUGCAAAUGAAACAAGACACGGCAUCAACAAAGGAAUCCGUAGUUGAAAAGUUAAGCUCGGAACUCGAGGCUUUUCUUGAAGCGAAACGAAAGGGUAUGCAAAAAGUCGGGUCGGGCUCAAGGUCAGUGGUGGGACCCGCAGCUCGAAGACGGCAUUCUCUCGAGUCCAUCCCUAUGAAUUUGGCUACUAGUGCUCCUCCCGACGACGGUGAUGACGACGACGACAAUGUUUCUUCCGCUGGCGGUGAUUCGCCUUGUUUCGAGCUAGAUAAACAUAAACCCGUGGCACAUGGCAAUGACGAUAACGUAAGUCCGACAACGAAGCCGGACAAUGGUAAGAAAAAGCUAGCGCGUGACCCCUCUAGUUUGCAGGUGAAGUUCGAAGAACAAAUGGCUAAGGCGAUAUUAGGUCAAGAGCAGGGUAAAAUGAAAGCGAGAGAAGAAAACCACACGGAAAUAACGGAAGAAAACGUCGGUUUAAACUCGAAGUAUUUGGAUAGUUUACUCAAAAACCAUCAUUUACAAUCGGGAAAUGAAUUCGACGAAUCCGCUAAUAAACAAGUGUGGAAAAGUCAUCCAAGUCCGGUUCGAGCAUGGACCACAAAGCUACCGAUUGAAGAUCUCAAGAUUUCCGAGUCAUCAUCAAAAGUCAAGCCCGAGUCAAAGGAGCAAACUAGCUUAAAGUCAAAGCUACUCGAAGCAAGAACGAGGGGCCAUAGAUUGGUAUCGCGUGUAAAAAAGUAACAAGGUCUUGUACUCUUGUUCUUAGCUUCACAUUUUAUCGGUUUUCUGUGUGCAUAGGUUGCAUGUUAUCGUACCAUGUCUUUCGAGUUUCAAUACGUACAUCUCUUGUAUCGGUUUUACACGGGCUUUUAAAUUAUCAAAAAUAUGCAUAAUAUUCCUUACAA